AUGUUCAAACUAUCCAAAUUGUUUUAUUCAUUCAAACAUUCAAGUCGAUCCAAUAUUUAACAUAAUCUGACAUCCUUUAAAAAGAAAAGACGAUAGGAAUUACUCUAUAACAUUGGUUUAUACGGAGCUGCUUUUGGAUGUGCCUUUGGUGCUGUCCCAUUUUAUAGAUUGUGGUGUGAGCAUUUUGGCUUGGAGGGUGACCUUGAUAAAAAGGACUAUUCAAUGAAAGGCAAAAAAUUGGAUGUCUUCAGAAAAUAUCAUAUUGAAUUUGGAGCAGAAACUGAUCCUGAAGCCAACUGGGAAUUUCUCCCUGUCCAAUAGAAUGUCACCGUUCAUGCUGGAGAAACUGCUUUAGUCUUUUAUAGAGCAUACAACAGAAAUGACAAAGCAGUAGUAGGUUUUGCUACUUACUAAAUAUUUCCUGAAGAUGCAGGACUUUAUUUUGCAAAAAUUCAAUGCUUCUGCUUCAAUUAACAAUUACUUAAUCCAAAGGAAGAACUCUAAUUACCCAUUUAUUUCUAUUUUGAACCCGAAAUCAAUGAAGACCCACUUCUGAAAAAGUGUGAAAAUAUUAAAGUCAUGUACAGAUUCUAUAAAGCAAAAAAUCAAGAACUAGCCUAAUUGGCAGAGAAUGAAUACAAGACUGUAAAGAAGAAUAAAAUGAUCUUAUAAAAAUUAAGAGAUGCAAAAAAAGUAGGAGCACUUAAUGAAAAUGACCUAAAUAAAAUCAAAAGUACUAAAUUUACAGAUCAAGAAAUUGAAGACUUUGAUGAAUGGGCUUAUGACAAUCCUUUGGAGGCUGCAGAAUCAUAAAAAUAGGAAGAAUCAAAAAAUUGA